AUGUCUACAUUCAAUGGGUUAGAAAUAACAACGGCCUCAAUAAUCGCCGCGGUAGCCAGCGAAGGUGCCAUCCACCCAAUGGACACAGUAAUAACACGCAUGCAAUCCCCAAUGUACAGCAGCGUCUAUAAGCACCUAAACGGCACACUCAGCCGCACCCUCUUCAGCGGGCUGUACCAAGGUUUCGGACCAACCUUUGUCGCAGGCACACUUUCAUCAGCGGCUUUUUUCACAGCAUACGAAGCCUCAAAGACAGCGUUCGAUAAUGCACAGUCCGCUGGAUAUAUGCUCGGCGUUCCGCGGCCGUUAAUCCACAUUGCUAGCAGUGCUGUCGCUGAACUGCUGGCUUGCGCUAUCCAGAACCCGGCCGAGGUAUUGAAGCAGAAUGCUCAGGUUUACCAGCGGCCAGUUAGUUCUAAACGGGGCCCGUCUCCGACGAUGGAGAUGAUGCGUCAGUUUUGGAAAUAUCCUUCUGGCUUGUGGGCUGGGUAUGGUGCGUUAGCGGCGAGUCAAUUACCGAGUAUGUGUCUUACGUUUUGUUUGUAUGAGAGGUUUAAGGAGGAUUUGCUUGAGCGGUGGAAGACAGACAAAAAUGAUGUGAGACAGCAGAUUGAAGCCACUGUUUUGGGUGCUGGUGCUGCGGGGGGUUGUGUAUCGUGGUUCUUUGUUCCUAUCCAUGUGGUUAAGACGAGGAUGAGGCUUGCGGCUGGUGAACAGACAGGCGGUACCCAGUCAAAUCUCAAGGGGAAACCCGGUUUACCGUCCCGUGUUGGGGCAUUUUCUAUUGCUCGAGAUGUGCUACGGAAGGAAGGGGUGGCUGGGUUGUUCCGGGGAUCUACUUUGACCUGCGUGGCAGCGGUUGUGGGGAGUGGACUUUAUAUUGGGUGUUACGAGGGGGCUAAGAUAUACUUGUGCAAUUAUCAAGCCUCGUAG